AUGUCCGCGGGGCUCACGGCCAGGACCUUCUGGAGCACCAUGUUGAAACUGGGGGACUUGUGCCAGCAGCUCCGGGAUGAGGUGAGACAUUUGGGGACACCCCCUGCCUCAAGUAGUAGUAGUAAAAACAAUCUGCCCCUCCCCUGSAUUUUAUUUUUCUCAAAAUUAUCUUUCUUAUGGAGAAAUCUCACAACCAGKAGGCAGUGCAGCGGGUGGGAAAGAAAGGAUGGUCACGAGGAGGGGAACUGGGGAGCAGGUCCUGCUGCUGAGGCUUCCCCUUGGUUAUUGUCCCUUGGCUUUGCUGCUGCUCUUAUGGAUCAUUUCCAGUUUGAUCUGGGCCUUGGUUUUGUUCUGUGCUCUCUCCCUCAGGAGAAGGAUUGCAAGCAGGAGAUGCCUCCACAGCAAUCCACYCCACCCUCUGCUGUCCAGGCUGGGAAACCUGAGAAGGAGAAUCCAAAAUGCUGCUUGCCAGACGUUUUGGAGUCAGGAACUGCCCCAGAAGCUGCCCAGUCUAAUUCUGUGUGCCCAUGUCCGAGUGUCCAUGUGCUGAGCAACUUGGGCAGCUCCCAGCCAAAGCCUGGCCCCAGCCUGGCCCAGAGCACCCGCAGUGUCCCCACACAGACCUCGGAGUCACCCCUGCGCUCCUGUGACACCUGCUCCAGUGCCCAGGCAAGCCUCCACGAGGUGGGCAGAGCCAUCACCAGAAUCUGCCAGAGCCAGAACAUCCCCUCAGCUCUCAGCAAAUUCCAGGAGGUGCUGCAGGACAGCACAGGGAAAAGGAGCCUCUCUGCAACAGACAUGAGCUACUGGGCCUCGGAGCAGAGCAAGGACCUCUCCCGGAUCAACAAACACCUGCAGGGGCUGCUGCAGCAGGUGAAGCCCGUGAAGGCUGAGCUGGAAGAGAUGGGCAAACAGAAGGAGAAGCUGCAGAGGCAGGUGGAGGAUUUUUCCAGGCUUCUGCAGGCAGAGAAGGAUAUCCAAGCAGAGCAGCAGAGGAAGGCUGAGCAGAGCCUGCAAGCCAAGGACAAGGAGCAUUCCAAGGCUGUGGCCAGGCUGGAGCAGGAUAAGGAUGACCUACGGAGAGGAGCUGCUCUGCUGGAGGAGCAACUCUCAGGCCUGAAAAAGGAGCUGGCAGCGAAGCAGGCAGCUGUGCAGGAGCUGGAGCUUUCCAAGACCACCUUGCUGGAGAAAAUUAAGACCAUGACGGUGGCCCAGAGCCAAGCGUUGGAGCUGGAGCAGAAGGUGCAGGUGCUCACAGACCAGAGGGACAGCCUGGACCAGGAGCUGAGUGCCACCAGUGUGCAGCUGGAGAAGGAGAAGGCCCGUGUGGAGAGCAUGCUGCGGUACGAGGAGUCYCUGCAGGCCAAGCAGAAGACCUUGCUGCAGCAGCUGGACAGCUUGGACCAGCAGCGCGAGGAGCUGCAGGCCAGCCUGGGAGAGGCUGAGCAGGACAAGGCCCGGCUGGCAGAGCAGCUGGAGCAGAGCCAGAASCAGAGUGGGAAACAGAUCCAGGCACAGCAGAAGCUGCUGGACACCCUGAAGCAGGAGAAGGUGGCACUGGAGCAAUCCAUUGUGGAGCUCCAGGCGAACACAUCCCAGCUGGAGGAACAGGCACAGGAGCUGAAGGAGAGGGAAAGGCUCCUGGUGUUCUUCCCCGAGCUCCACAUCCCCCCUGAGACACAGUUUGAGAGCAGUGGGAACUUGACAGAGGACAUGGAGAGUCAGCUCCAGGCCAACAACAUUCGGAUCCAGGUGAUGGUGCGGGAGAACGCGCGGCUCGAGGCUCUGCUCAUCAAGGUGAAGGCAGCGACCGAGCAGGGCAUGCUCAAGCUCGUCCCACAGGUCCAGCUGGGGUCCCAGCUCCAGGGGGAAGCUGACAGGCAGGAGAUUGGAUGCCUGAGCUGUGGAGGCAGCAGGGACAGCACAGUGACGCCGGGAUGCACUGACAAGGCCUGGCACGGAGCUCCCUGCAGCCAGCAACCUCAGCAACUCAAAGCAGAGCACACAUUCCAGCCCAAACCCUGCCUCACACGCCCAGCRCGACGCCUGGCGCUUGGCCUCCGCCCACACCACACUAAGGCUCACCGCAAAUAAACACUGAGCAGUCUUCAUUUUCUAACAGAGAAAUAAAGGGUUCCACCAGCAGYCACCUGCUCUG